GCCCCUGCUGAGGACACUGCCGCGCGCGCUCCCGCGAGCUGCUCGCGACAGAUCUCAGCGAAGGAGGCGCCAAAUAGGAAGAAUAUUAAAGCUUGUGAAUGAAAGCAGCUUUUCAAGCUGUCAGAACAUCACCGUCCGCCCGAUGAGGCGGUGACCCGGCGGCAGUUUCUCCUCCAGACGGACCGAACACGUCGCUUCCCGCUCGGGACAAAGUUGGUGACAUGGAGGCGGACAGCGUGAGCAUCUGGCCUCGCAUAGAGCCCUUCCUGCUGGGAGCUCUGCAGGUUUCCCCCACCUCCAAGCUCAGCCUGCACUACCUGCGGAAGAUGGCGAUCUACGUGCAGACCCGGGACGGCUGCUUUCCUGUUCUGGGCUGGUCCAUGUGGAGACACAUCGCCUGUGGAAAGCUGCAGCUUCCAGAGGAGCUGGCGUGGCUCUACUUUGAGACGUUCCACCUCCUCGUGGAUCGCCCUCCAGAGGAGAGGCUGGAGCGGGCUGAGUGCUUCUCCCAGUGCUCCUCCAAAAGCGAGCUGGACGAGCAGAGGAGUAAGCUGUCGGUGGAUUCUCUGCAGUUCCUCCUCUUCCUCUACAUCCAGCAGCUGAACAGAGUGUCCCUCCGGACGUCUCUGAUCGGUGAAGAGUGGCCCAGCCAGCGCGCUCGUCCCGCUUCUCCGUCCGAACGGGAGACCAAGGCCAGCUCUCAGAACAAGAACUGGGAUGAUCAGGCCCACCUGUCGUUCAUGCUGACCCACCUGGCGGACAUCCUAGAGCUGCUGGUGGAGCCGGGGCAGCUGUCUCAGUCUGGACAGGCCCAGAGACACAGUCAGAUUUCCCUGGAGGCCGUUGAAAGCCUGGGUCUCCUCCUGGAGGGCUCGGUGGGCCACGGUAAAGGUAUUCAGCCCGUCCACAAGCUGCUGACCAAAGGUCCGCUCCAAGCCCAGUCAGGCUUCUCGUCGCUGAGCCGCUCCUUCCCUCUGGACAAACUCCUGUCGUGUCUCCAACAAAACCUCACGCUCAACCCGUUCGGGAUGACCGCCUGCCUCCAGUCAGGGAAGAAACUGGCCUGGGCUCAACAAGUGGAAGGAGCCAUGAAGAGAGCCAAGAUUGCCCGGAACACCCACACGGCCGCUGCCGGCAGUAAGAUUGUGCUGAUGUCCCAGGUCAUCAAACAGACUCUGGCCAAAACUUCUGACAAGCUGACCGGAGCCAACCUCAAGAUCCACCGCUGCUCCGAGGCCUUCAUAUACCUGCUGUCUCCUCUCAGGUCCGUCAGCGUCGACAAAUGCCGCGACUGCACGGUGGUCCUGGGUCCCGUACAGACCAGCGUCCACAUCCACGGCUGUCAGAAUGUUCGCGUGGUGUGCGUGGCCGGCAGGGUGGUGGUCGGCGCCUCGUCCAGGUGCACCGUCCACGCCCUGACCCCCACCUGCCCGCUGCUUCUGCCCGGUAACUCGAACAUAACCCUGGGUCCCUUCCACACCUUCUACCCGUCGCUGGAGGACCACAUGGCCAGCGUGGGGCUGGCUGUGGUCCCCAACGUCUGGGAUCAGCCUUUGAUUCUGGGAACCGAGGGCCUCGCCGGCCCCCUGUCCAAGUCAGACACCUCCUGCUAUCGCCUGCUGCCCCCGUCAGAGUUCCACACGCUGGCCGUGCCCUUACAGAUGGACGGCGACACAUGCGAGAUCCCUGGCGGUCUGCCGCCGGCUUACCAGGCGGCGCUGAGUGAAAAGAAGAAAAGGAUUCAGAGCUGGCAGAGAACGGUGAUGGAGGCCCGGCUAAACAAGGAGCAGACACAACAGUUCCAGGAGUUGGUGGAGUUAAAGUUCCAUGAGUGGCUUCUAGAAACCGGCCACCGACAGGAACUGGACAGCCUGAUCCCGCCCACCAUGACCUCCGCCACGAAAGACGGCAGCCGGAUGAAAGAAGCCAAAGCUGUCAACGUAGCAGGAGGAGACGGAACUGCAGCUACUGCUUAAUGAACAUGAAAGGACAGGCAGCUAGGGAGCGGCUGCAACGGCAUGUCGCAGAGCAACAUGACGAGGCUUCCUGUCUGUGGAGCAAAGGUUAAACGGGCAUUUAGAAAACAAAACUACUGAAGAUCUGCUUCAUGGGUUCAAAACAUUCAGAAGAGUUUCUGCUUCCCACAGAACCUGGAGAGACGUUCAAGACAGGAUAUCCAGAAAUAAAACCAUGAAGUUCUGCUGAUGUUUUAAUGAUGAAAAGCUGUACCUGCUUAUGCUGCUAAAAUAAUAUUAAACAUUGACAGACAUGAUA